UUUGCACUGUUUUAUUCAUUACAUUUACGCACAAAACACAUUGAACAGAUUUUAUAGAUUUAAUAAUUUUCUCCAUUAUUUUAUUCUUUGUGUACACAUUCAUAUAUGCACAUGGGCGCAUCCCUAUCUUAUCGCAUCUCGGUCGUUUCAAUGUGAUCUGCGUCCGCCAUACCGUACGUAAAGAACUGCACGCCAGCCCUCAGCACAGACCAAGUGGAUGUGGAUGGUCUGAUACUGAACAAAGUCACUUUCAACCGACAGUCACCCCAGAGAGGAAACAAUGGCCGAAGACAUCCAGCAGAAACUGGAGAAGUACCGCACAGCGCCGUUUGACGCGCGCUUCCCCAACCAGAACCAGACCAGAAACUGCUGGCAGAAUUACCUGGAUCUUCAUCGAUGCCAAAAAGCUCUGGAUGCCAAAGGUGUUGACACAGCCCCCUGUGAAUGGUACAGACGAGUCUACAAGUCUCUCUGCCCUAUUUCCUGGAUUGAGAAGUGGGACACGCAGAUGGAUGAGGGAACGUUCCCCGGCAAGAUCUGAACAUCCUCGUCUCCAAAACCCCUGCAUCAGAGGGACCGGAACGCGUGUGUCUGUGAUCUCCAGCUGAGCAGGGCCUGACCAAUGUCUGUUUAAAAACGCACCUAUCCAGCUGGAGGAAGAGAGACAUGAUUACUGUCAUUCCUUAUAAAAAAGUGUUGCAGAGUCUGCAUUAAACUCAGGCAUGGUAAUGUGA